AUGUCCAACAAUCCCAAACCUUCGUGGAUCGGCCCCCUGGGCUCGACCGACCCCUGCCGCUGGCAUCUUUUACCGGUGCCUGACGAGGAUCAGGCCGUGUGGACUUACGACUCCUCCCCAGAUAGAAGCCUGGGCGAACAGAGCUUCCAGAGUAAAUAUUGGCUAUCGAGGCAUUCCAAAUCCCCCGCCCUACCCGACCCAGAAGGGGACCCACUCCAGGCGGCCAAAAAUGGAUUCGAGUUUUACAAGAAGCUGCAGAUGCCGGAUGGCCAUUGGAGCGGCGAGUUUAGUGGACCCCUCUUUCUGACUCCCGGAAUGGUAAUCGCUUGCUACAUCACCAAGACCCCGCUGCCCGAGGAAGUCAAAAUCGAACUAGCUCGCCGAUUCGCCAGCGACCAACGCCAGGGCCAGAACGUGCGCGACCGAGGCUGGGGUCUCCAUACCGCCGGCAAGUCGACCGUCUUUGGAACUGUCCUGAACUACGUGGCCUGUCGGCUACUCGGCAUGGAUGCCGAGCAUCCGAUGAUGGUCCGGGCCCGUGCCACGCUACAUGCGCUCGGCGGCGCGACGGGGAUUCCGACUUGGGGCAAAGUGUGGCUCGCCCUCCUGGGUGUAUACGACUGGGAAGGGGUCAACCCCAUCCCGCCGGAACUGUGGCUGUUACCAGAAAUGCUUCCGAUUCACCCCUGGAGAUGGUGGGUCCACAGUCGACAGGUCUAUCUGCCCAUGAGCUAUCUCUGCGGGAAACGAUUCCAGGCCCAGUCCGAUCCCUUGCUGGCCUCCCUCAGGCAAGAGCUCUAUACACAGCCGUACGAGUCUAUCGAUUGGCCCCGAUGUAGGAACUUGGUCGCCCAGGGGGAUCUCUACAGUCCCCGCCAUCCCAUCGCCAACGGCUUAUUUUGGAUCCUCGGGCAUUGGGAGAAGAUAUGUCCGAGCUCGAUCAGAAAUCUAGGAUUAAACCGAGCUCACGAGUUAUGCAAGAUGGAAGAUGAAAAUACGGACUUCAACGACCUCGCCCCCGUUAACAAAGUACUAAAUCUGAUUGUCUGUUGGGACCGAUACGGGCCGGAGAGUGACGAGUUUCGCCGGCACCAAUCGAAGCUGAAGAACUUCCUGUGGAUGAACAAGGAUGGAAUGGGCAUGUCGGCGACCAACGGCUCCCAGCUCUGGGACCUUGGCUUUAUCACCCAGGCCCUCGUCGAGUCCGGGCUGGCCAAAACUGACGAGCCGUCGACCCAGGACUCGGUCGUCAGAGCCCUCCAGUGGAUCGACAAGUGCCAGAUCUUGGAGAACCCCAAGCACUUCAAGUCAGGCUAUCGUCAUCAAACCAAAGGCGCGUGGCCGUUCAGCACCAAGAGCCAAAGUUACACGGUCAGCGACUGUACGGCUGAGGCGCUCAAAUCGGUUUUGUGUCUCCAGGAAGAACUAAGCUAUACUCCCAAGCUGGUAUCCAAGGAACGACUCUACCUCGCCGUCGACGUCAUCUUGAGUCUCCAGAAUCCAAACGGCGGGUUCGCCUCCUACGAACUCGUCCGCGGCCCAGGCUGGCUCGAAUAUUUGAGUCCGGCUGAGGUAUUCGGCAAGACGAUGAUUGAGGUCAAUUAUCCGGAAUGCACAACGGCUUGCUUGACGGCAAUGAGCUUGUUUAGUCGAUACCAUCCCGAUUACCGUGCCGCAGAGAUCAGUCGGGCGCGCCAGGGAGCGAUCCAAUUUAUCCAUUCCGCCCAACGUGAUGACGGCUCCUGGUACGGCUCAUGGGGAGUAUGCUUCACGUAUGCUACCAUGUUCGCACUCGAAUCUCUGUCGCUCAAUGACGAGACGUACAAGAAUAGUCUUGCUGUCAAGAAGGCCUGUCGGUUCUUGCUCGAUCGACAGAUGGAUGACGGCGGCUGGGGCGAAAGUUUCAAGUCGUGCGAGCAAGGUGUCUACAUCCACCACCAGACCUCGCAGGUCUUCCAGACCGCAUGGGCCGUCCUGGCCCUUCUCGCAGCCAAAUACCCCGAGCCCGAGCCCAUCAAGCGUGCCUGUGCGCUGAUCAUCUCCCGUCAGACCGCCGAUGGCCAGUGGCUCGACGACGCCGUCGAGGGCGUCUUCAAUAAAACCACCGCGGUCACCUACCCCCAUUACAAAUUUGCCUGGUCCAUCUGCGCCCUCGGCAAGGCGCACAAACAAUUUCCUGACGUCGAGUGGUAG